AAGCAACUAGCGUACGGUUUGCCAAAGGGGCGUAUUAUAAAAUAUCGGAGCUAUGUUUUUGGGUCAGUAGAACGCCAAAUAGUGCCAUGAUGAAGGUUUUGGCACUCCUGUUGUUGGCCGCAGUGGCUCUGGCAAAACAUGAGGAGCUGAUAGGUUGGAAAUCCUACUACCUCGCUCCAGCUAACGAAGAGCAUCUUCAGACUAUAGGCCGGUUGAAGUAUGACCUAGAUCUGGACGUCCUCAGCCAUCCCAUCCUGCAGAGGGAGGGAGUAGUCCUGGUGAAACCUGAACAUCAUGACAGCUUCAUCCAAGCCGUCCAGGAGGCAGGAAUACCGUACAGGAUCCACAGGGAAGACGUGAAGGCAGCGCUGGACUACGAUGACAUGGUAAUUGAGACAAGAAGAAGAGAGAGAGUCAUGAGGAACUCUCGUGAAAUGCCAUACGAUAGUUACCAGAGAAUGGAAGUGAUCGAUGCUUACCUCGAGAGGAUCGCGAGAGAAUACCCCGACACAGUGACCCUUGUCACUGCCGCCAACUCUUUCAACGGCCGCCCGAUCAACUACCUGAAGAUUUCCACCACUAACUUCGAAGACGAAAGUAAACCUGUCAUCUUCAUCGAUGGAGGGAUCCACGCUAGGGAGUGGAUAUCACCACCGACUGUGACGUACGCUAUAAGGAAGCUGGUGGAAGAUGUCACCGAGUCUGAUCUCCUGGACAGGUUCGAUUGGAUUCUUCUGCCGGUUGUCAACCCUGAUGGUUACGAACAUACUUUCACAACCUACCGUUUCUGGCGCAAGACUCGCUCCACCGACCAGCACUCCCUCAGCCCCACAUGCCCAGGAGUCGACGGGAACCGCAACUACGACUUCUUCUGGAACACGGUCGGCACCAGCGCAUCUCCCUGCGCCGACACCUACGCUGGUAACCGUCCCUUCUCUGAAAUCGAAACCAGAGUCGUCAGAGACAUAGUCCAAGAGAAUCUGCACAGAUUAGCGUUAUACCUCACCAUGCAUAGCUAUGGAAGUAUGAUACUGUACCCCUGGGGUCAUGACGGCACUCUAUCACCUAACGCCUUCGCUCUCCACCUUGUCGGAGUGGCUAUGGCUGACAGAAUAUUCGAGAACCAACUUCCUAACUUCCCGAGAUAUGUUGUGGGUAAUUCUGUCCUGGUCAUUGGCUACCCGGCAGCUGGAGCCUCUGAAGAUUGGGCUCAUUUGGUCGGCGUUCCUCUGUCUUAUACUUACGAGUUGCCUGGUCUUGCCGGUGGACUGAAUGGGUUCCAUUUGGACCCAAUUUACAUUGAACAGGUGGCCAAGGAGACCUGGGAGGGUAUAGUGGUGGGAGCGAGACAGGCUGGCGAUUUGUUCUUGAGGAAUAAAUGAAUUUGUUAGCGAUGGUUUUGUAUCAUUUGUAAAUAAAAUAGUGUGAAAAUGUUA